UUCGCGACGAGAAAGCGGCAGGGGAGGCUCCCGGGAUCGCGCUCAUCUGUUUGGAUGGCAAAUGCCUCCGGUGUAACAGGCCGAUCAUUAUGGGGGAUCCAGGACCCCGAGGCGGGAAGGACCCCGAUCGACCGACCGAUGCGCGCAGCUCAUCGCGGCGCUUUAUACCGGGAUAAAAACAUCUUGUGUCCGCUAACGCACGACCAGUCAGCUUGGAGCUCGCAGAGGAGGCGGUGUUCGCCGGGAUUCAAUCAGAGCCACGGUCUCUGUUUGCAGCACAAGUAGCAGAGAGAGAGAGAGAGAGAGAGAGAGAGAGAGAGAGAGAGAGAGAGAGAGAGAGAGAGAGAGAGAGAGAGAGAGAGAGAGACGCGGGGAAGACGGCACUUUACAAAUCUAUUUGGAUCCCGCCUCGACAUUUUGCGCAAAUUAUGGAUGCGACGUCGAUUACGAGAUGGUCCGGUCCGCCCGACCCUGUCAGGGCAGGGUGGGUUCAUCCGGUGUGAUUUCACUCUUCUUGUUGCUCUGCUGUCUCCUCCUCCGCCCGGUGGCGAUGUCCACUUUCUGCCUCGAUCUGCAGACCUCCGCCGUGGUUUCAGCACCACUGGAGCUGGACAGCGACCGCAUGGAGCCGCGGCCCGGCGCCGCCGGCGCUCCGGAGCCGGGCCGCGGCUUUCAGGGUCAGCCGCUGCGGCACGCCGGCUCCGGAGGCCUCGGCAUGGCCUUGGAGGAGGAACUGGCCAUGCUCACCGGGGAGCGGGACGACCAGGAGGAGCUGUCGGGACCGGAGACGCCCCCGGUGGGGCACAGCGCGGACUUGCUGUCGCUCCUCCGUCGGAAGGAGAAGGACUUGGUGUUAGCUGCUAAACUCGGCAAAGCGUUGCUGGAGAGAAACCAAGACUUGACCAAGCAAUAUGAGAAAAUGCACAAAGAUCUCAACGAGAAAUUAGAGCACUUGGAGCAGGAGAAGCAUGAGUUGCGGCGGCGGCUGGAGAGUCGAGAGGGGGAGUGGGAAGGCCGCGUGUCGGACCUGGAGACGGACGUCCAGCAGCUGCAGGGUGAGCUGGAGCUCCACCAGGUCCAGCUGAGGGAGACCGACAGAGACAAGACCAAGGCAAUCAGCGAGCUCUCCGAACAGAACCACCGAUUGCUGGAGCAACUCAGCAGGGCUGCAGAGGUGGAGAGGCAGCUGUCCACUCAGGUCCAUUCACUACGGGACGACUUCAGGGAGAAGAGCAUGUCCACAAGCCAGCACAUGUCUCGACUAGAGACUCUACAGGCCGAGCAAGAGCUAGAAAUCAAGAUGCUGUCGGAGAGGAAGAUGGAGCUGGAGCACCGGGUGCACGCCAUGCUGGAGGAGAACGAGCUGCUGCAGAGCACCGUCGACGACCUCCGAGAGAGGACGCUGGUGUUGGAGAGACAGUCUCACCGGAAGGACCUGCAGUUGCGGCAGAGCCAGCUGGAGCUCCAGGAGGUGCAGGUGUCCCACAGGCAGCUGACCGCUCGGCUGGAGGAGUUGACAGAGGAGCAAAGCCUCCACAGUCUCACCCCGCACCCGUCCAGCCUGCUGUGCGAGAUAGAACAGAGCAUGGAGCAGGAGGAGCAGGAGCAGGAGCGAGAGCAGCUGCGUCUUCAGUUGUGGGAGGCCUACUGUGAAGUCCGCUCGCUCUGCUCCCACCUCCGGGGGAACGACGUCACAGAUUCGGCGCUGUCCACCGAUUCUUCCAUGGACGAGUCGUCGGAGACGUCCUCAGCCAAGGAUGUGCCUACUGGGAGCCUCCACACCGGCCUGCUGGAGCUACGGAGGCUCACGCAGAACCUGCUGGACGGCAACGAGUCCACGGGCUCGCGGCGCAGUGAUGAGGAGGCUCUGGAGGAGCAGCUGAGGAAGCUAGGAGAGGAGCUGAGGGAAGUCAGAGAGCUGUACGAAACUGAGCAGGACAAAACGCGCAGCAAUGUGGAGGAUGCGCUACAGCUGCACAAUCAGAUGGCGCUGCUCUCUGUGGAGAUGUGUUCUCUGCGGGAGGACAACGAGAGGAUGAGGACCAUGGCGGAGGUCCGAGAACCAAGCGAGCAGCUGCAGACUGCUAUCAGAGACAGAGACGAUGCCAUAGCCAAGAAGAAAGCGGUGGAGAUGGAGCUGGCCAAGUGUAAGAUAGACAUCAUGUCUCUGAAUAGCCAGCUCCUGGACGCCAUCCAGCAGAAGCUCAACCUGUCGCAGCAGCUGGAGGCGUGGCAGGACGACAUGCACCGAGUGAUCGACCAGCAGUUGAUGGACAAGUACCAGGACGAGUGGCGCUCGACCCCCACCUCCCUGUCCGGCCCGUCGAGGGCACACGGCGGUCAGUCCUCCAGGCGAGCUCACCGCCUCUCCGACCGGGACAAGAGACUUUUCUCUUUUUUCAAAAAGAACUGAGCCCCAUUGAACCGGUCCCGAGCACAGCUCGAAGACAGAGACAGACGAGGCGGGAGAGGAGGAGCAAAGGUUAAACCACGCGGCCAAAGACGGGCCGUGGCUCACACUCAAGUUUGUGGGGGGACGGGGUCAUUUUGCACUUUAUCCGUGACCAUUACUCUUCCCUUUUCGCUGAUGAAAUGGUCCCCGCUGGCUAUGAGAGGAAGGAAUAUAAGAACGGGAGUUUGUUUUUCGUUCUCAUAGGCAGAACGCAAACGGGGCCACAAAGUUUACCUCCAAAGAGGAAGGUUUCCGUUUUAGUGCCUACGCCCAUCUCUACUAGCCCACUGCCAACAUUAUGAACCAGCGGUUUCUGCGUCCCAGUUAUCAGGCCGGGGGGGCGGGGGGGUCAGGGGAAAGACAGGUGGAUGUAAGGGACACUGCAGGGUGGUGGUGGAGAGAAGAGGGCCGCGUGGGGGGGCGGGGCUCCACGUCGGAGCGUCUCUCAGGUUUAUUCACUUGUUCAGAGGCUGAGGACGCUUGUUUUCUCAGUGGGAGCGUGAGCGAGGGUUUGGCUAAAUGAAACCUUUAGAUGUGGCACUCAAAUGAGUUAAAGUCUAUGGAAUUUAAAGCUGCACUAAACAAUAUUUUUGUAUGUAGACAACGUGUAACGUGAAAGGAUUCCUCUCAUAGUCAAACAAAAUGAUCACAAUCAGCUCCACCAGUAUUUUAUUCUCUCUUCGCUGUCAGGUUGUUUUUGUUUUUUCAUUCAUUAGCAUCCAAAGUUAGCAUCCCGCCGGCGAAGGCGGUGGAGCGUCUAAUUGGGCCUGUGGGUGCCAGGUGAGCUCUAUGCGGCCAACAUGCUCAUCCUCAACAUCUGAAUAAACCUUUUGGGGGGACUGAAGUUUGUGAUAUCGCUUUCAGGGGUCCACGGUUUGCUUGUAUUUAAUCAUUUAAAAUAUUUUUAAUUUUUCAAAGGAAAAAAAAAAGGCCCUGUCCUCAUGAUGUCAAUCAUCUCCCUAGUUGACCAAAUAAAAAAUAAACUGUUUACAUCAGCUGGAGAAGGAGGAGGAACCACGUUGGAUCAACUCAAUCCAGCUCAACAAAGGACCCGUUGAAUUUGUGAUCACACGAAGGAAUGUUGUUGUGCAGAAACUCCACCAGACUUCCUCUGCGGGUCUGAACCGCUCCGGUCUAACGCGGAUAGAAAUGGUCUACCUCCCUUCUCGUUGCUUCGAUACUUCAUGGGCACUUUGAUUUCCGAUCUGUCGGGCUUCCGUUGCAGGCGACAUCUCUGUGACUCCGCCGGCGAUGCAGAAUGCGUCGACCUGUGUGUCUCUCUUGUGUCUGUCCGCCUGUCUUCUUACUUGUGUCUAAUGCAGCUGUGCAAACCUAUGCAGAUGUAUUCUUAUCAUCUCAGCCGGUUGUUGGGAAGGUUCAACCCAAAGAAUGAUUUUUUUUAUAAAAAGUUGAGUAGGUUUGGAUAAAAUCGUUAUAUUUAUAAGAAGAAAAGCAUAACUUUUUGAAUGAAAAUCUGUUGUAUGUUAUUUCUAGGCUGACAUUUCCACGUGUGUCCACUGAUUAUCACUUGUACGUAUGUUUGGCUGUCCGGGUGUGGCAUGGAGCACAGCUGGAAAGCCUAAAUUCAGGUGAGUGAAGAACAAAAUGAUUCAUUUUCUAAGCCUGAUCUAAAUAUCAUAUAUACAUCUGAUCGCUUUCUCUCCGUUAGUUAGAACAAUUGAAUUUCUUUCCUAAAAUCAGUUUAAAUGGCACCUUAAAACAACACAAAAGAUAAUUACCAUCAAAAUAACCAAUACCAUCCAAACAGUACUGAGACCAUCCAGAGUCUGAAACCAUCUCUGAGUUUUCUGUUUCAGCCCAAUUAUUCGAAUUCACCAAGAGUAAGAGAGCACAUUUAGCCAUUUUAGAACUAACUUUACGAGCGAUCGAGUUAUUGUUUGAACUCUGCAUGAAGGGUCCUUUUGUAGAAGGUGCCAUCAGUGCUACGGGGUAACGACCUUCACAUCCAGGGGUUCGUGCUGUGGGAAACACCUGGAAUUAGGCCCCAGUGUCUCCUGCCGCCACCGGACUGUUGAUUCGUCUCGAUGAGUUUGUAACAUAUUUGGUUCCGUCCACGUGGUGUCAUGAUUACUGUUUGUUUCUCUCUUGGUUGUUUGUAUGGUUUAAAGACAGUGCAGACUGCCCGAUGUGACCCGUUCACUUCUCAAUGGGAAGCUUUUAGUAACGGCCGUCUGCAGCUGCGCGUAAACAUCACGAUUCUUUGGAAUUGAGUGCGUUCGGUGGGCUCAUUGUGCUCCGUGUGAGCGCCUCCAUUCACCACUGAAUGCUAUUCAAAAUAUUUGUCAUGCAACUUUCUUAGCGUUUCUUUUGUACAAAUAAAUACUUUGCAAUCUG